AUGCUGGAUGGCCAUCUGUUCUCCGAGGGGCCCGACAGCCCCCGGGAGCUCCGGGAUGAGGAGUCUGGAAGCUGCCUCUGGGUGCAGAAAUCCAAGCUGCUGGUGAUCCAAGUGAAGACUAUUUCCUGUCAUUAUAGUCGCGGCGCCCCUCCUCGACAGCCCAUGGACUUCCAGGCCAGCCACUGGGUCCGCGGGCCGCAGAGUCGCACGUGUGGGCCGCGCCCGGGAUCCCCUGAGCCACCUCCCCGCCGUCCCUGGGCCUCCAGGGUGCUGCAGGAGGCGACUAACUGGCGGGCGGGGCCCCCAGCCGAGGCCCGAGCCCGGGAGCAAGAGAAAAGGAAAGCGGCAUCGCAGGAGCGGGAGGCCAAGGAGACCGAGAGAAAAAGGCGCAAGGCUGGUGGGGCCCGAAGGAGCCCCCCGGGUCGGCCCCGCCCGGAGCCCCGGAAUGCCCCCAGAGUGGCACAGCUUGCAGGGCUCGCAGCUCCGUCGAGGCCUGAGCACCUGGGGCCGUUGGGGCGACCGCCCCGUCUGUCCGCGCAGCCGCAGAGCGACCCCAGGGUGGCGUGGGCGGGGCCCUGGGGAGGCCGCAGGCCCGGGCCCCCCAGCUACGAGGCUCACCUGCUGCUGAGAGGCGCUGCCGGGGCCGCCCCUCGGCGCCGCUGGGACCGGCCGCCCCCCUAUGUGGCCCCGCCGUCUUAUGAAGGCCCCCACAGGACUUUGGGGACUAAGAGAGGCCCCGAGCCCGUGCAGGCGCCGGUCUCGUCGGUCCCUGCUCCGACGCCGGCCAGGACAGAGGGAGGGUGCGCAAAGAAGAGGCUGGAUCCUCGGAUCUACCGGGACGUCCUCGGGGCUUGGGGUCUCCGGCAGGGGCGGGGUCUCUUGGGGGGAUCCCCAGGCUGUGGAAUAGCCAGGUCAAGGCUGGAGCCCUGCAACGCCGCCGCAGCGAAGAGCCCGGGGUGGGCUGCUUCUGGCCCGAACAGUGGGAGCGACGGCCACCCCCAAGCCGGCGCUGCUGGGAGCCCAGGCCAGGCUCCCACGGCCCCCACGGGGUCUGCAAAUGCGACUCCGAGUCCCCCGCGUCCCGCUCCCAGGUCCAGGCCCCAUCGCAAGGGCUCCGGGCAAGGAAAAGAAGGUAGAGAGCAGAGCUGGCUCCCCAGAUGCUGGAUUCCCUCCCCUAAAAAGCAGCCGCUCCGACAUAGCCAGACCCUCCCCAGACCCUGGGCUCCAGGAGGCACGGGAUGGAGAAAUUCCCUGGGUCUUACAGAGGAGGCCGGACACGAAACCUCGGAGGGAUGGAAGGCGACCCGCCGCGCCCACACCCUGCCGCGGAGCUCCCGCGGCCCGGCUGCUGGAGAAGGCGUCUUUGUCAUUGACGCCACGUGCGUGGUAAUACGGUCUCAGUACGUUCCGACCCCUCGAACCCAGCGUGUGCAGCUUCUGCCCGCCGGGGUGCCGCGCCUUGGGGGGCCCGCCUCCAGCCAGCCGAAGUCCAACAGGAAGGAGGGAGAGGGCGCCGCGGCCUCUCCUUCCCCUUGCCAAAAGCUGCUGUUGAGCAGUCGCCUUUCACACCAGCCAUACGGGGGGCUCGGGUUUGAAGCUGAGGGCGGGAAGCCUGUGGACUCCUCGUUGGAGGAGCGCGCCUCCCGCAUCUUGGGGCUCCCGGUGGGCGAAGUAAACCUUCAGGACGCCCCCACGCAGCCAGGCAGCCCACGGCACUCAGCCUCAGGCCCAGCGACUUCGGGAGGCGCCACCAGUGCCGAGGGCUCGGGGGAAGUGGCGGCGGUCCUGCGGCCUGCGGGCCGGGGCUGGGCGCGGACCCCGGGGCCCUACGCCGGGGCCCUGCGGGAGGCCGUGUCCCGCAUCCGCCGCCACACCGCCCCAGACUCAGACUCAGACGAAGCUGCGGAGCUCAGCGUUCACAGCAGCUCUUCCGAUGGAAGCGACGCAGAAGCCUCCGGCGCCUCCUGGCGGAAUGAGCGAGCGGGGCCCCGGGAAGGCAGGAAGACAGCACAGCUGAGCGACGGUAUCCGAGAGAUUCUAGGUGUCAUCAACCGGACCGAGGAGGUCCUCUUUGGGGAGAGGGACACUAAGAGGACCCCACAGGGAAAUAGGGAGCGGCAGUGAGAGGCCCUCUGCUGUAUUUGUGUUCCCCAACCCGUACAUCCCCGGGGCCCAAUGGUCCCCUUUCUUCCUCACAGACUUCCUUGUACUCCUUUCCUAUUCAGGUUCCCAACCCCAAAUAGAAAUCUCCCAAAUGAAAGGAAAGGGAGCAUAUGCUGAUUCAUGAUUUUCUUUUUUUAAUUAGGAAAGGUGAGGGUGCACAGCAGACUUUAAUGCCUGCUCCUUUCAGGUCACUCCAGUAAGGGCUUCAGCCGGCCUGGCUGCACGGAGCAUAGAGUUAGGAAGAGACGCCUGGCCAAGAGCAGGCAGGAGGGCAGGGGGGGUACAGCCACGGGAGGGCAACUUCAGGUAGGGCCUCUGGGCAGGAGGGAGAAAGCGUCGGAGAGGCUUUGGGCUGAGGUGAACAGGUGACAGAGAAGCCCUUGGCAGAAGAGGAAGGGGCCCAGAAGCAGCCAGCAAAGCAGAGAGAGGGCUCACUUUGAUGUCACGAGUCUUGGGGUCCAAUCCCAACUCUGCCAUGCUCACUGGGGCACCUUAGGCAAGUCACUUCCCCUCUGCAAUCCUCCUAAUAUGUAAAAGGAGGGAAUUCUAAGGUCCAUCCCUGACGUUUUAAAACCUUUGCGGAAGCUUUUUUCUCAUCCCCUCCUUCACAAGCCAAGAAAGAGUCAGGGGCAGGUGAACAGAGUGGGAGGGCCCCUGGGUGGCUUUGUUGUCACCUACACUCAUUCUCAAUUCAAGAGACGAGAGACUGUCCAGGGUUCACAGAAGAGCUGAGUAAACGGACAAGGGCUCCUAUCUCAGUCUCUCAGGUUUAGGUGAGGGCUCCCCAAGGCAGGGCAGGAUGGCGGCCUGGUCACUGUCCCUGGUCCUUGGUGGUCCAAGCAGGAGAGGGAAGGCUGACAAUAAGUCAGCUUGAGGCCUCUUCAGACCUUCCCCUUUGCUCCUCCCCAAUGUUUCUUAGCGAUGAUUUGAAUCAUUGCCAUGAGGUGCCACUCAGGUGGUAUCAUCCAUCUGAAAGAACUCGGAGAAUUUCUUGCAUCUCUGCCUCUUCCAGGAACCGGCCAGGGAAGAAAGAGGGAGGCUGGUCCCAAAAAGCCUGUAGGUGUGGGGUGUGAUACUCGCUGUAGCCACUAUGGGGCGCGCGCAGGUCGCGGAUUUCCCCAGUAGCUAGUCCGCGAGUCGCUCCUACCCGGGUACUGCCAGUUAAUCGAUUAAGCUCUGGUUACCGCGCGGGAGGCCCCCGCCUUGCCACCUCCAGGCGUGCGAGGUCAGGAGCAGGCUUCUGGCCAUCUAGACCUGGAGCGCGCCGAGCCCCUCUUCGUACUUAUCCCCGCCAAACAGCGUGGGACGCGGACACUGACGUCCUUUUUUUCUCUCUGAUCUCGGACACCUCCUCUCUAUUUACUAGCCAUGUGAACUUGGCCAAAUCACUUCACUUCCCUGAGCCUCAGUUUCCUCAUCUGUCAAAUGGGGGUAUAUAAACACCUACCUCGCAGGGUUGUUGUGAGGAUUUAAUGUGAUGAUGUAUGUAAAGCGCCUUGCACAGUGCCUGGCACACAGUAGGCUCUCAAUAAAUCUAAGCUUCC